CGAAGGUUGUCUAGGUUUUGCCGGGGCACUAGUGGAGUUUUGUCCUUGCAAGAAGUUUUAAAAGAAAAACAGGCUCGAUACAAAGAAGCAAGAGAAUAUCGAAGAACAAAAGUUGAUGCUUCAUAUAAAUAUGUAUUUGAAGUUCUCAGUAUCACGCUAGGUUUAGACUUAACAACUGUGGAAGAAAUGAUUUUGGAUGCCCCUUCGUUGGAAGCCUUUGACUCUUUUUUUGCCAAGGGAAGAAGUAAAACGUUGAGAGUUUUCUAUCAAGAAGGAGAAGCACCAGGAAUAGAAUGUGGUCGGACAAUUCCAGGAGUUGUAAAAGGAAGUAAAAUGAUGCGAUUUUAUGUGGACAAUACACCAGACAAAUUCGUAGGACUAUGCUUAUUUUUCGUUCGUUGUAAGAAUGACAGCCCUAUAAGUGCAAAAACUAUACAUGAGGAUAUAUUCUUUGGUGUUUUGGAUGCCACUGAAGGACUCCUGCAUGGUGUCAGGAAUAUGAUAGAAAAGAUUUUUCUCCCUGCUAUCCUCGCAACAAAUAAUUGGGGUGCUUUAAGUCAGACCAAACAAGAUACAAAAGACAAACAGAAUUUCGUGGAAGCAAUUAACAGAUACCUUUCAUUUUUAGAAGGGGCUAUAAUAAGCACUGAAGGAACUGUUGAGUUGAAAAAAAUAGAUUACAUUAAUUUUUCUAAACUCCAGUCCUUUGAGAAAGUAACUGCAGCAGCUGAUAAUCCUGAUAUGGUUCACCAGCUAGAGGAAGUACUUAUGAUAUGGUAUAGACAAAUUGAACGGGUGCUGAUUGAGAGUAAGCAGAUGAGGAAAGAAGCUGAUGAUUCAGGUCCACUGACUGAACUAGAGCACUGGAAAUGUAUGUCUGCUAAAUUUAAUUUUAUUAUCGAGCAGAUCAAAGGACCAAACUGCAAAGCUGUCAUUAAUGUUCUGAACGUUGGACAUUCUAAACUACUAAGGAUGUGGCAAGAGUUAAAUGCCAAAAUCACAGAUGCAGCAAAUGAAUCGAAAGAUAAUGUGAAACACUUAUCCACACUUGAAAAAGUUUGUCAGCCACUUUAUAACUAUGAUCUUGUAUCAAUGACACAUGGAAUACCGAACUUGAUAAAUGCUAUACGAAUGAUUCACAGUGUUUCAAGAUAUUAUAAUACUUCUGAGAGAAUGACAUCAUUGCUUAUAAAGGUUACAAAUCAAAUGGUCACGACAUGUAGAGCAUAUAUUACAGAUGGUGGCUUGUCUCGUGUCUGGGAACAGGAGACAUCAACAGUCAUUGGAAAAAUUAAGGACUGCAUGUUUCUAUUGAAAGAAUAUCAGAAAUGCUUUCAUGAAACAAAGCAAGAGAUUUUGGAAACUCUAGGAGAAAAGACAUUUGAAGUAUCAGAAAUGUAUAUAUUUGGAAAAUCUGAAGCUUUUUGUAGGAGAUUAGAAAAAAUUACAGAGAUGAUAACUGUAGUACAAACUUUUUGUGCACUGAGUCUGUCUACCAUCGAAGGGAUAGAUAUUAUGGCAGUAAAAUUCAAAAAUAUCUACCAAAGUGUUCAAAAGAAACAAUAUGACAUCCUUGAUCCACGAAAAACAGAAUUUGAUGUGGAUUUUGUGAACUUCAUGGCAAAAAUUGAAGGUUUAGAGAUACAGAUACAGACAUUUAUGCGUACCUGUUUUGGGAGAAUUUUGUCUUCACAGCAUGCACUUCAGUUACUUCAAAGGUUUCAAAAUCUGAGAAUGCCAUGCCUUCAAGAAGAAACAGUGUGUACAGUUGGUUGUAUUCUUCAACAUUAUGUAGCAGAACUUGAAGCUACUAAAAAGCUUUACCAAAUUCAGAAAGAUAACCCUCCUCUUGCUCGAAACAUGCCACCUGUUGCAGGAAAGAUACUGUGGGUGAGACAGCUAUUCAGGAGGAUAAAUGAACCAAUCAACUAUUUCCAUAAAAAGUCAAAUAUCUUGGCAACUCCAGAAGGUAAAGCAGUUGUUCGGUUAUACAAUAGCAUUGCCUAUGUAUUGGUGGAAUUCGAGGUAGUCUAUCAUAAUGCGUGGAUGAAGGAAAUUUCACAAUUACAAUAUUCCUUACAAGCAACAAUAUUUGCACGUCAUCCUAAAACUGGGAAGUUCCUGGUUAAUUUUGAUCCCCAAAUUACAGAGAUUGUCCGAGAGACCAAAUGUAUGAUCAAGUUGGGUCUGGAAGUACCGGAGCAAGCAAAAAAGAUAGUAAAAAUAGAAAAUAACCUGAAGUCAAACAAGUUGCGUUUAGAGGGUCUUCUCCAAUGUUAUGAAGAUUUGUGUCAAGAAACACCAAUGAUUUUUGUAAAUCUAAUGGCACCAAAAAUGAAAAAGAUGGAAGCUGUGUUGAGGCAAGGACUUACCAUGUUGACUUGGUCAUCUGUGACACUGGGAAGUUUCUUUCAAGAAGCUGAUCAAGUUCUGAAUAUAUUUAAACAGUUUUUGAAAAAGGUUAAUGAUUUAAGUGAAGUGCGGAUUGAUUUAAUAUUAAAAGAAAUAUCACAUACUCUUUUAAUUGUCUUACCAGUAGAUGGUCCUAUCAAAGUAGAGAAUAUGUUGACCUGCAAUGAGACUUACACUAAAGAAUGUGCUGAGUUAUUGAACCACAAAAGCAUGCACAUUGAAGAUGCUGUUCAAGAACUAAUAUCUGUAUUUGAAAAGAAUUACGAAAUUAAAUAUUCUAAGAAAACCUCAGAAAAACAUGUAUUAGAAAAACAUAUAGUGUUUGGAAAUAAUGAAGAGGAGAGAGAAAAGAAUACUUCUGCAGCUCUUCGUGGUGAUAAUAGCAAGGGAAAUGAUAAAGAAGAUGAGUUUAAAAAGAAAUGUAAAGAAGUUGUUGCCUAUUUCAGUCACCAGCUGCUAGACAGCCUCCAGAAAGCCACCCGACUGUCUUUGGAUAGUCUUAAAAAAAGGAUAUUUGUUUCAAAGUAAUUUGCUGUUCGUCCAAGCAAAUCUGAAGAGGUAGCUUCUUUUCUAAAAGCGGAAGUACACCUUGCUAUUCCCAAUGUGGUAAUGGUUCCUAGUUUAGACGAUAUACAGCAAGCCAUCAAUCGCAUGAUUCAGUUAAUAUUGGAAGUAAGUCGUGGAGUUGCUCAGUGGGGACAGAGACAUUUGCAAAAAUCUAGUUUAAGAGCAGAAUCAGGCACACAGCAAGUAUCUUCAGCAGGCUUUGGAUCACCAGGAAAAAUAGCCAAAAAAGGGGAAAAAGCAGUUGAAGACGUUGUGCUUGCCAGAAAGCUAAGAAAUUUUUACUCGGGUGUUGCAGAACAUGAAGAUAUUUCUAAAUUAGUUGUGCUCCUCUCUUCUUCUGUGAAUUCUAUAAGAGAAGUAGCUAGUGAAGUUCUGCAGGACUUUCAGAAAUAUAAGGUGCUGUGGACAGAAGAUAGAGAUGACAAAAUUCAGCAAUUUUUGGCUACCUGUCCAUCUCUGACUGAAAUUAAGGAAGAAAUACUUCACUAUGCUAUGUUUGAGCAAGAGAUGGAAGAUUUAAAACCCAUUAUUCUUCUUGGUCCAAUUGAAUUGCAUACAGGACCACUGAAAAUAGCUUUAGCAAUUGAAGCCAAAGCCUGGAAGAUGCUCCUCUGUCGUUAUUUAAAUGAAGAAUAUAAAAAGAAAAUGACAGACAUGAUGUCGUUCAUAACUGAAUAUUUAAAGAAAUUGUCUCGACCUCUGUGUGACUUAGAUGACGUCAGAUUUGCGAUGGAAGCUUUAUCUAUCAUACGUGAUAAUAAAAUACAAAUGGAUAUGACUCUGGGACCUAUUGAGGAAGCCUAUGCCAUUUUAAAUACAUUUGAAAUUGAGGUUACAAAAGAGGAAUCAGAAGGAGUUGAUACACUCAGAUAUUCUUUUAACAAAUUACAGACCAAAGCUACCAGAGUUCAAGAUGAGUUGGUUCAAGUUCAGCCCAAAUUUAAGAGUAAUUUGCUAGAAUCAGUCGCAGUUUUUCGGGAGGAUGUGUCAAACUUUGAAAUGUCAUAUGAAACGGAAGGACCUAUGGUUCCAGAUAUUCCACCUCAGGAAGCCAGUAAUAGGCUACAGAUCUUUCAGGCUAACUUUGAUGAGCUGUGGAGAAAGUUUAUCACAUACUCCUCUGGUGAGCAGUUGUUUGGAUUGCCUGUCACAGACUAUGAAGUUUUGCAUAAAGUCAGGAAGGAGUUAGGCUUGCUUCAAAAAUUGUAUGGAUUAUAUGAUACUGUCAUAAACAAUAUCAAUGGUUAUUAUGAGAUACUUUGGACGGAUGUAGAUAUUGAAAAAAUUAAUGCUGAACUUCUGGAUUUUCAAAACAGGUGCCGUAGACUACCUAAAGGACUCAAACACUGGCAAGCGUUUUUAGAUCUCAAGAAAAAAAUUGAUGAUUUUAGUGAGUCUUGUCCUUUGUUGGAAAUGAUGAUCAACAAAGCAAUGAAGCAAAGACACUGGAAUCGUAUUGCUGAAACAACAGGACAUCAAUUUGAUAUAGAAACUGAUUCCUUUUGCCUUAGAAACAUCAUGGAAGCACCAAUCCUUAAACAUAAAGAUGAUAUUGAGGAUAUAUGCAUAUCUGCUACAAAGGAAAAGGAUAUAGAAGCCAAACUAUCUCAAAUAGCUGACAUUUGGGGAAGCCAAAUUUUGAGCUUUUCAUCAUUCAAAGGGAGAGGAGAGUUACUGUUAAAGGGAACUGAAUCAUCAGAAAUUAUAACGUUGAUGGAGGACAGUUUAAUGAUUCUUGGCUCUUUACUGACCAAUAGAUACAAUACACCGUUUAAAAAGGAAAUUCAGAGCUGGAUUUAUAAACUAAGCAGCUCUACAGACAUAAUUGAAGAAUGGCUGAUUGUGCAGAACCUCUGGAUUUAUCUUGAAGCUGUUUUUGUAGGGGGAGAUAUUGCAAAACAGUUACCCCAGGAAGCAAAGCGUUUUCAGAAUAUUGACAAAUCAUGGAUACGAAUAAUGCAACGAGCUCGUGAAAACCCAAAUGUAAUUAAUUGCUGUGUCGGAGAUGAGACUAUGGAGCAACUUCUCCCUCAUUUACAUGAACAGUUGGAAGUAUGUCAGAAAUCACUUACAGGAUAUUUAGAGAAGAAAAGACUACUGUUUCCUAGAUUCUUUUUUGUUUCUGAUCCUGCCCUUCUUGAAAUUCUUGGACAAGCAAGUGAUUCUCAUACAAUUCAGCCGCAUCUGCCUUCCAUAUCUGACAAUAUAAAUGAAGUAGACUUUCACCCAAAGGAUUAUGAUCGCAUAUUGGCAGUCAUAUCAAGAGAAGGAGAAAAAAUUCCAUUGGACACUCCAGUGAUUGCAAAAGGACCAGUAGAACUUUGGUUGCAGGAUUUAUUGCGUGUGCAGCAGAUUUCAUUGCAUGGCAUAAUUAGGGCAGCAUAUUACCAAAUUAGUGACCCAGGAUAUCAGUUGCUGAAUUUUCUUAAUCACUUCCCAGCACAGGUUGGAUUACUGGGAAUUCAAAUGUUGUGGACACAUGAUUCGGAAGAAGCUCUACAGAACGCUAAAGAGGACAGAAAAAUCAUGCAAGCAACCAAUAGGAGAUUUCUGGAGAUUCUGAAUAUGUUGAUUAGCCAGACCACACAUGAUCUUUCCAAGUUUGACAGAGUGAAAUUUGAAACGCUUAUUACCAUUCAUGUGCAUCAGCGUGAUAUUUUUGAUGAUUUGGUAAAAAUGCACAUCAAAUCACCAACUGAUUUUGAAUGGUUAAAGCAGUCUAGAUUCUACUUUAAAGAGGAUUUCAAUCAAGUCUUGGUAUCCAUUACAGAUGUUGAUUUUGUUUACCAAAAUGAAUUUCUAGGUUGCACUGAUCGUCUGGUUAUAACACCUCUUACAGACAGGUGCUACAUAACUUUAGCACAGGCUUUGGGAAUGAACAUGGGAGGAGCUCCAGCAGGACCAGCUGGAACUGGUAAAACGGAAACGACAAAAGACAUGGGAAAGGCCCUGGGAAAAUAUGUGGUAGUCUUUAACUGCUCUGAUCAAAUGGACUUCAGAGGUUUGGGUAGGAUUUUCAAAGGUCUUGCACAGUCUGGAUCUUGGGGAUGUUUUGAUGAAUUCAACCGAAUUGAGUUGCCUGUCUUGUCAGUAGCAGCACAACAAAUCUAUAUUAUUUUAACAGCAAGAAAAGAAAGAAAAAAGCAGUUCAUUUUUUCUGAUGGAGACUGUGUAGAUUUAAAUCCAGAGUUUGGCAUUUUCCUAACAAUGAAUCCUGGAUAUGCUGGACGUCAAGAACUACCAGAAAAUCUCAAAAUUCAGUUUAGAACUGUUGCAAUGAUGGUUCCAGAUAGACAGAUAAUUAUAAGAGUUAAGCUUGCAAGCUACGGAUUUAUUGAUAAUGUGAUCUUGUCUCAGAAAUUCUUUGUUCUUUAUGAGCUUUGCGAGGAGCAGCUCACUAAGCAGGUCCAUUAUGACUUUGGUCUGAGGAAUAUCCUUUCAGUACUGAGGACUCUUGGAUCUCAAAAGAGGGCCAGGCCAAAUGAAAGUGAAUUAAGUAUUGUUAUGAGAGGGCUAAGAGAUAUGAAUCUUUCUAAGCUGAUAGAUGAAGAUGAGCCUUUGUUUCUCAGUCUUAUCAACGGUCUCUUUCUGGGGUUACAGUUGGACAGUAGUACCUAUGCUGAGCUUCAGGCUGCAAUAGCUAAUCAGGUUGAAGAGGCAGGAUUGAUUAACCAUCCACCAUGGAAUCUUAAGCUUGUUCAGUUGUAUGAAACUUCUCUAGUACGUCAUGGAUUGAUGACACUUGGACCUAGUGGAUCUGGAAAAACAAUGGUCAUCACUAUAUUAAUGAGAGCACUGACAGAAUGUGGCCAGCCUCAUAGAGAAAUGCGUAUGAACCCCAAAGCUAUUACUGCUCCUCAAAUGUUUGGAAAACUAGAUGCUGCAACUAAUGAUUGGACAGAUGGAAUCUUUUCUACACUGUGGAGGAAAACACUGAAAGCUAAAAAGGGGGAAAAUGUGUUUCUGAUUUUAGAUGGUCCUGUAGAUGCAAUCUGGAUUGAGAAUCUAAAUUCAGUUUUGGAUGAUAACAAGACCCUCACUCUAGCAAAUGGAGAUCGAAUUCCUAUGUCUCCUACAUGUAAACUGUUAUUUGAGGUCCACAACAUUGAGAAUGCCUCUCCAGCAACAGUUUCUCGAAUGGGUAUGGUCUACAUCAGUUCUUCUGCACUCAGCUGGAGACCAAUAUUGCAAGCAUGGCUGAAAAAACGUUCUUCUCAAGAAGCUGAAGUUUUACAAAGUUUGUAUGAUAGAAUCUUUGAACCAGCAUAUACAUAUAUGAAGCUAAACCUUAAUCCAAAAAUGGAGCUUCUGGAAUGUAACUACAUUAUGCAGUCUAUUAGUCUUCUGGAGGGUUUGAUUCCAUCGAAGGAAGAAGGUGGUUUAUCAACUAUAUUUCAUCUGCAUAAAUUGUUCUGCUUUGCAAUGAUGUGGAGUUUAGGUGCCCUUCUGGAGCUGGACAGUAGAGAUAAACUUGAAGCCUUCAUUAGAGCUCAUGAUAACAAAUUAGACUUACCAGAAAUCUCCGCUGGCACCAGUCAAACGAUGUAUGAGUUUUACGUUACUGAUUACGGUGACUGGGAGCACUGGAAUAAAAGAGUUCAGGAGUAUGUUUAUCCAACAGAUAAUGUCCCAGACUACGCAUCUAUUCUGGUUCCAAAUGUUGACAAUGCCAGAACUCAGUUUUUGAUAAACACAAUUGCAAAACAACAGAAAGCGGUUUUGCUCACAGGAGAACAGGGGACUGCAAAGACAGUCAUGAUUAAGGCAUAUGUGAAGAAAUAUGACCCGGAAGAGCAUUUGUCAAAAUGUUUAAACUUUUCAUCUGCCACAGAACCAUUUAUGUUUCAGAGGACAAUAGAGAGUUAUGUGGACAAACGCAUUGGAAGUACUUAUGGACCUCCUGGAGGCAGAAAAAUGACUGUUUUUAUUGAUGAUAUCAAUAUGCCAUUUAUCAAUGAAUGGGGAGAUCAGGUAACAAAUGAAAUCGUUCGUCAGAUGAUGGAAAUGAAAGGAAUGUACAGCUUGGAUAAACCUGGAGACUUCACUACAAUUGUAGAUGUACAAUUAAUAGCAGCAAUGAUACAUCCUGGAGGAGGCCGUAAUGAUAUUCCCCAGCGUUUAAAAAGACAGUUUUGUGUAUUCAAUUGUACAUUGCCAUCCAAUGCAUCCAUAGACAAAAUUUUUGGUAUUAUUGGCUGUGGAUACUUUCAUUCAUGUAGAAAAUUCAGCCCUGAAGUAUGUGAUAUGGUGAAAAAAUUGGUCCCAACAAGCAGAAUAUUGUGGCAGUGGACAAAGACAAAGAUGCUGCCUACACCAUCUAAAUUCCACUAUAUCUUCAACCUUCGAGACCUUUCUAGAAUUUGGCAAGGAAUAUUAACCAUAAAGGCAGAAGAAUGCAACAACAGCACUGUCCUUCUAACACUUUUUAAACAUGAAUGUACCAGAGUAAUUGCUGACAGAUUUAUUACUCCUGAAGAUACAGCCUGGUUUGAGAAAGCUAUUACUAAAACAAUUGAGGAAUACGUUGAUACAGGCUUAACAGAAGUUCUCCAAGCUGAACCAUAUUUUGUAGAUUUUUUACGGGAGGUGCCUGAACCAACUGGUGAUGAACCAGAAGAUUUUGUGUUUGAACCACCAAAAAUUUAUGAGGAGAUUCCAAGCUUUGAAUUUCUUUGUGAAAAAUUGCAAAUGUAUCAGAGACAAUACAAUGAAUGUAUUAGAGGAUCAGUUCUUGAUUUGGUGUUUUUUAAGGAUGCAAUGACACAUCUUAUUAAGAUUUCCCGGAUAAUUCGGACAGCAUAUGGAAAUGCUUUACUUGUUGGAGUUGGUGGUUCUGGAAAACAAAGUCUUUCAAGGUUGGCCUCCUUUAUUGCUGGCUAUAAAAUAUUUCAGAUCACUUUAACCAGAUCCUAUAAUGUAAGCAAUCUGUCAGAUGAUUUAAAAUUGUUGUAUAGAACAGCUGGAGUAGAAGGACGAGGCAUCACUUUUAUUUUCACUGAUAAUGAAAUAAAAGAGGAGUCCUUUUUGGAAUAUAUUAAUAAUCUGCUGUCUUCAGGCGAGAUUUCUAAUUUAUUUGCUCGGGAUGAAUUGGAUGAAAUCACCCAAGGAUUAAUACCUGUGAUGAAAAAAGAGAUGCCUCGGUGUCCUCCUACCUUUGAUAAUCUUUAUGAAUAUUUUUUAACUCGGGCAAAGAAGAACUUGCAUGUUGUCCUCUGCUUUUCUCCAGUUGGUGAGAAGUUCCGUGCACGUUCUUUGAAAUUUCCUGGUCUCAUAUCAGGGUGCACCAUGGAUUGGUUCAGUCGAUGGCCCAAGGAAGCUCUUGUAGCUGUAGCCAGUUAUUUUCUUUCAGAAUUUAAUAUGGUCUGCUCUGCAUCAGUUAAAACACAAGUCGUGGAAACCAUGGGUCUUUUUCAUGAUAUAGUUUCAGAAAGCUGUGAGAAUUAUUUCCAAAGGUAUCGAAGAAGAGCUUAUGUAACACCUAAAUCCUAUCUCUCUUUCAUCAAUGGCUACAAAGAAGUUUAUACUGAAAAGUUAGAGAGUAUUAAUGAACAAGCCGAACGUAUGCAAAUUGGUCUAUCUAAGCUGAUGGAGGCCAGUGAAUCUGUUGCUAAACUCUCUCAGGAGUUGGCCGUUAAGGAGAAGGAACUGGCUUUGGCAUCUGUUAAGGCAGAUAAAGUACUAGCAGAAGUCACAGAAAGUGCUGAAGCUGCAGCUAAAGUAAAAAAUGAAGUCCAAGGCGUGAAAGAUAAAGCACAGAAAAUCGUAGAUGAAAUUGAUUUAGAAAAAGUGAAAGCAGAGAGUAAACUGGAGGCAGCUAAACCAGCAUUAGAAGAAGCAGAAGCUGCACUAAAUACCAUCAAACCAGUGGAUAUUGCUACAGUUAGAAAACUUGCAAAACCUCCCCACCUAAUUAUGAGGGUCAUGGACUGUUGUCUUCUACUAUUCCAAAAGCAAGUAGAUCCAGUUACCAUGGAUCCAGAAAAGCCUUGCUGCAAGCCAUCGUGGGGAGAAUCAUUAAAACUUAUGAGUGGCCCAUUCUUGCAGAGUCUACAGCAGUUUCCUAAGGAUUCAAUCAAUGAAGAGACAGUAGAAUUACUCCAGCCUUACUUUAACAUGGAAGACUAUACACUGGAGUAUGGUAAAAAGGUGUGUGGUAAUGUGGCAGGACUCCUCUCUUGGACACAAGCCAUGGCAAUAUUUUAUGGUGUUAACAGAGAAGUCUUACCUCUUAAGGCUAACUUGGCCAAACAGGAAGGCCACCUGAAAAUAGCUAAUGAAGAAUUAGCAAAGGCUCAGGAAGCAUUAGAUGAAAAGCAAGCUGAACUGGAUAAAGUGCAGGCAAAGUUUGAUGCAGCAAUGAAGGAGAAAAUGGACUUACUGAAUGAUGCAGAAACAUGCAGAAGAAAGAUGCAAGCAGCCUCUGUGCUUAUAGAUGGGCUGAGUGGAGAGAAAGUUAGAUGGACUCAGCAAAGUAAAGAAUUUAAAUCUCAGAUUAACAGACUUGUGGGAGAUGUACUGCUGUGCACAGGUUUUCUUUCAUACUGUGGACCUUUUAAUCAAAACUUCAGGAAGCUUUUGCUUAAAGAUUUAUGGGAAGCAGAGAUGAAAGCCCAUAAAAUCCCCUUUUCUGAAAACUUGAACCUGAUUUCUAUGUUGGUAGAUCCGCCAACAAUUAGUGAGUGGAAUCUUCAAGGACUGCCUGGAGAUGAUCUCUCAAUUCAGAAUGGUAUCAUUGUCACUAAGGCAACUAGAUACCCCCUUUUGGUAGACCCACAAACUCAAGGGAAAUCAUGGAUUAAGAAGAAAGAACAGGAUAAUGAAUUACAGGUAACGACUUUGAAUGACAAGUAUUUCCGUACACACCUAGAAGAUAGUCUUUCACUGGGACGAUCACUCGUGAUUGAAGAUAUAGGUGAAGAGUUGGAUCCAGUCCUUGAUAAUAUAUUAGAAAAGAAUUUCAUGAAAUCUGGAACAUCUUUUAAGGUGAAAGUUGGUGAUAAGGAAGUAGAUGUUAUGAGUUCAUUUAGACUGUACAUUACUACAAAGCUACCCAAUCCUGCUUUCACGCCUGAAAUUAAUGCAAAAACAUCAAUUAUUGAUUUUACUGUUACAAUGAAAGGACUUGAGAAUCAGUUACUGAGAAGAGUAAUUCUUACUGAAAAACAGGAGCUAGAGGCAGAACGAAUUAAACUCAUGGAAGAUGUAACUUUUAAUAAGAGGAAGAUGAAAGAACUGGAAGACAAUCUUCUGUACAAACUAAGUGCAACCAGAGGUUCACUAGUAGAUGAUGAAUCCUUGAUUGGUGUUCUGCAAACAACUAAGCAAACAGCUGCUGAAGUAGCUGAAAAGUUGUCUGUGGCAGCAGAAACUGAAGUGAAGAUUAACACUGCUCAGGAGGAAUAUCGACCUGCUGCUACACGUGGAAGCAUUCUUUAUUUUCUUAUUACAGAAAUGAGCAUGGUCAAUAAUAUGUAUCAAACUUCACUGGCUCAGUUCUUGAAGUUAUUUGAUCAAUCCAUGGCCAAAUCUAAGAAGUCUCCUUUACCUCAGAAAAGAAUCUCAAAUAUUAUUGAGUAUCUUACCUUUGAAAUUUACUCGUAUUCUGUUAGAGGCUUGUAUGAAAACCACAAAUUCCUCUUUACUCUCCUCCUGACAUUAAAAAUUGAUCUUGAGAGAGGACACCUGAAAAACAAAGAGUUCCAUGCACUCAUUAGGGGAGGUGCAGCAUUGGAUCUACAGGCUUGCCCACCCAAACCUUUCCGCUGGAUUCUUGACAUGAUGUGGCUAAACCUAGUGGAAUUGAGCAAACUUCCACAGUUUGCAGAAAUUUUGAAUCAGAUAGCCCAUAAUGAAAAGGGAUGGAAAAGUUGGUUUGAUAAAGAUGCUCCCGAGGAAGAAAUUAUACCUGAUGGAUAUAAUGAUUCACUUGAUACCUUUCGCAAGCUUUUACUCAUCAGGUCUUGGUGUCCAGACCGAACGCUUUCCCAAGCCAGGAAAUAUAUUGCAAAUUCCUUGGAUGAGAAAUAUACAGAACCAGUCAUUUUGAAUUUAGAAAAAACUUGGGAGGAAAGUGACACACAAACACCUCUCAUCUGUUUCUUGUCUAUGGGAUCUGACCCAACUAUUCAGAUUGAUUCCUUGGCUAGGAAGCUUAAAUUAGAAUGUAGGACCAUCUCGAUGGGUCAAGGACAAGAAGUUCAUGCACGCAAAUUCAUACAGAUGUCUAUGCAACAGGGAGGCUGGGUGUUACUUCAGAAUUGUCAUCUUGGACUGGAUUUUAUGGAUGAACUACUGGAGACACUUCUUACUGCCGAGAUACAGGAUGAGACGUUUCGAGUUUGGAUAACUACUGAACCACAUCCUAAAUUCCCAAUUACGCUGCUACAGAUUGCUAUAAAGUUCACAAAUGAACCUCCCCAGGGUGUACGUGCCAGUUUGAAAAGAACAUUUUCUGGAAUUAAUCAGGAUCUGUUAGAAGUUAGCAAUAUGCCUAUGUGGAAACCCUUGCUUUACACUGUAGCUUUCCUGCAUUCUACUGUUCAGGAACGACGCAAGUUUGGGCCUUUGGGUUGGAAUAUUCCCUAUGAAUUUAACUCAGCAGACUUUACAGCCAGUGUUCAGUUUAUACAAAAUCACCUAGAUGAAUGUGACAUCAAGAAGGGGAUAUCAUGGAACACAGUACGCUACAUGAUUGGAGAAGUACAAUAUGGAGGCCGAGUCACAGAUGACUUUGAUAAGCGUCUUCUUAAUUGCUUUGCAAGGGUAUGGUUUAACGAAAAGAUGUUUGACAGCACUUUCUGUUUUCACACUGGAUAUAAAAUUCCAGUGUGCAAAACCCUGGAACAGUAUUUUGAAUCCAUCCAGUCACUCCCUGCCAUCGACAGCCCAAUGGUCUUUGGUCUCCAUCCUAAUGCUGAUAUUACACACCAAAGUAAUACAGCAGCUGAUGUUCUAGAUACUAUUACCAACAUUCAGCCUAAAGAAAGUGGUGCAGGACCUGGAGAAACUCGUGAAGCAGUUGUUUAUCGUUUAGCUGAAGACAUGCUAGAGAAACUUCCUCCAGAUUACAUACCCCAUGAGGUAAAAGCUCGUUUAAUUAAAAUGGGACAACUUAACUCUAUGAAUAUUUUUCUUCGGCAAGAAAUUGACCGAAUGCAAAAGGUGAUCACAAUACUCCGCAACAGUUUGAAUGAUCUUAAAUUAGCCAUAGAAGGAACUAUUGUUAUGAGUGAGAAUUUGAGAGAUGCACUUGAUAAUAUGUAUGAUGCUCGAAUUCCUCAAGUAUGGAAAAGAGUAUCUUGGGAUUCUUCAACACUUGGCUUCUGGUUUACUGAACUUUUGGAAAGAAAUAAUCAAUUCUCUACUUGGAUAUAUGAAGGAAGACCAAAUGUGUUUUGGAUGACUGGAUUCUUUAAUCCACAAGGAUUCCUGACAGCAAUGAGACAAGAAGCAACUCGAGCACAUAAAGGCUGGGCUUUAGAUACAGUUACAAUACAUAACGAAGUGCUAAAGCAAAACAAAGAAGAAAUCACAGCACCUCCUUCUGAAGGAGUAUAUAUCUAUGGGCUAUACUUGGAAGGUGCAGGCUGGGACAGACGAAAUAGCAAACUCACUGAAUCUACAGCAAAGAUUCUUUUUGUCCAGCUGCCUGUGGUGCAUAUAUUUGCUGUUAAUACAGCCAGUCCUAAGGAUCCCAAGCUCUAUGUUUGUCCUCUUUACAAGAAGCCCAAGAGGACAGAUCUGAACUAUAUUACAGUGAUCUAUUUAAGGACAGUAGUGUCUCCAGACCACUGGAUAUUGAGAGGAGUGGCUCUCCUGUGUGACAUCAAGUAA